AUGCUCUGCGAAAUCAAGUGCUCCGCAGGGGACAGCUGCGAGACCAAGGGACUCCGCAGUACGAUGCUCUGCGAAAUCAAGUGCUCCGCAGGGGACAGCUGCGACACCAAGGGACUCCGCAGUACGAUGCUCUGCGAAAUCAAGUGCUCCGCAGGGGACAGCUGCGACACCAAGGGACUCCGCAGUACGAUGCUCUGCGAAACCAAGUGCUCCGCAGGGGACAGCUGCGAGACCAAGGGACUCCGCAGUACGAUGCUCUGCGAAAUCAAGUGCUCCGCAGGGGACAGCUGCGACACCAAGGGACUCCGCAGUACGAUGCUCUGCGAAACCAAGUGCUCCGCAGGGGACAGCUGCGAGACCAAGGGACUCCGCAGUACGAUGCUCUGCGAAAUCAAGUGCUCCGCAGGGGACAGCUGCGACACCAAGGGACUCCGCAGUACGAUGCUCUGCGAAACCAAGUGCUCCGCAGGGGACAGCUGCGAGACCAAGGGACUCCGCAACUUAGUCAAGAGUAUCAUUCACUGGCGAAGUUGGUCAAACUUUUUUGAGUCAGAGUCUGUUCCAUGGAUUGGUUUGAUGAGCCAUAUUGAGGAUUCUGCACCUGAGAAGCGCUUUGUAUUGCAGAAUUUCACCAGUUUCUGA